AUGGUCCCACCAUGCUGUUUGGCAGAAGACGCUGACUUUGAUAAGGAUAAUAAUAAUAAUACUGAUGACGACGGUGGUGGUGGUGGUGGUGGUGAUGGUGGUGGUGGUGGUGGUGGUGGUGGUGGUGGUGGUGGUGGUGGUGGGAAAGAAAAGGACAAGCAUGCGUGUGCAGGUGGUGACUGGUAGUUGGGCUCUGAUGCUGAGGAUGACAUGUCAUCCGAUGAGUCAUUGCCCACUCAUUGUCAUCAUUUAUGACCGAGGAUCAUGAAAGAGCCGCCAAAGCGAAGUCUAGGAAUCCAGACACUCUCGUCUACGCCACCCCGUCAGGCGAAUGUUUUCGCUCAAUGUCAUUUCCUUCCGGUGGCGGUGUAUGCAUCGGCGGCAGGAACAUCACUUCGACAGCCGCCCUCGGAAGACACGAGAUCGCGCGCCUAGAGAGCUCGACUUGAUGCGUCUGUGCGCGUGUGUGCACCCGCUAGGUUGUCAGAAGCAACUGUUCCGAAGUUCAUCGUUGUUGCCGCCAUCAUCGCCGGCGUCGGCCCCGUCAGCAGUAGCAUCGUUGUCGUCACAGACGACUGCGGAUGCAAAGUCGUCAGUAAAUGCGAACGAGUUAGUUUUUCAGGGCACGAGAGAGAGAAGGGGGGCACAAGAGGUUCAGGAAGUGUAACCUUCGCAGAUGCAAACGUAAAGCUGCCCUUCCUCUGAAAGUGAUGAAUACAACUAGCGGUGACUUUUCUCCAACAGGUCAUCGCGCCCUCCUGGCAACGGACACUUCGGCCUGCCACCGUAGUACAUGCAUUUAGUUACCGGUCCCAUGCUGAGGUGGAUUAUAAUGUGAAAUGACGGGGGGUCUGCGGUGUAGGUAGGUCUCAAACGCCAACAGACUAAAUGAAGAGUACUCAAUUUACCGACAAGACGUUAAGCACAAGCUCCUAAAUCAGAAAUUUCUGACAGAUGUCGCUUCUGUUGUUUUGGCUCUUGGUCUAGGACUGCCUUUUGCGCGACGGCUUACAUGAAUGUCCGGAAUAUUCUACACCGCCCACUCCACAGGGGCCAAUUUCUAGAAGCUUGUGGACGGUGGAUUCACCGAAGUGGUGUGGGGAGCCAGUGCGCUUGUUAGUCGAACUUCCAGACUGCUGGGACAGCUUGCUGUUAGGAUCAAUAAAAGAAACGCAACAAACGGGUAAUCUUCUACGGCCUCACCGUGCGCCUCCUUGGUCAAAAAAUGGGCUGCACUAUCCGCUAGGGGGGGCUCUGAGGGACUUAGCCAACCCACGAAGACGACAGACCUCCGGCUUCCUUCUAAUGAUUUAAUUUUAUUCUAAAACAAAUUCCGCUAUCGCCACGACGUCAGUCGCCAGGGAAAUCGUUUAAAAAGAAGAGCAGAGCAUUCACGUCCUAUUGUGCUGAGCAUUGGUAUAUUUCAAAAGCUGGGGUUCAAUUCAGAAAAAACGUAAAUGUGGACAGAUUGAUAUGUCGCUUUAGGCAAUUUCUGUCUUCAGCCAACCGCUGCUCUUUUCAGUCCUGUCUUACUCCCACAACUUGCCCAUAUCCUAUCGAACUCACAGUCAGCCCUCAGGGUGACAGUGGAACACUCCUGUGCAGCGCCAGUGAGUGCUUGUGUAAUAAGGAGUUGACCCCCUUUGUGGUCUGGUAUCUACAAUCACGGGAUCACCUAUGGCGUGGAGCCUAAUAAAUUAUCCCAGGUAAAUCCCCCACGCUCUGUCGGUCUUGCCUCGAUAAGUGGCUCCUCGCCGAUUGGCCAUAACGGCACCUAACCCCACAAUCACUUGAUUCCCAAAAGUUACGCACAUGUGUGAGAAUGUCAGAGCUUCAUUGUACUCCUUUCCUCCUUUUUGUCUGUAUGCUUAAGAAGGCCUUGGUUUAUUAAGUUCUGAGGGUGAACAUUCCGUGCAAAUUUCUUGGGCAGAUGUUGGGCGCUCUGCGUCCGAACCUCCGAGUUGUUUUAUUGGGUUUUGGUUCUUGGCAGGUAACCUCACUCGCCACUCAUUCAAAAUAAAGGGCGGCCGCUGUUCCACCUCCUCUGUUCUUUUCAGUGGGACAUCAGGGAAGAUGGUGUUAUGCAAUUUAUGGAGGUGCCGCGGCUCAUGAAGAAUGUAUUGAAAUAUGGCGUCUAGAGUAACUGAUGGCAAUGGUUUCUGGUUCCUGUGACCUUGACCCUUGGAAACUCCUCGAUGCAUGAUUGGUCGGUUUACAAGCUGCGGCAUUGGAAGUAAAGACGUUACUUAUACAGAUAAGAUCAUCUCAUGUGAGUUUCAAACUUCGAAUUUCCCGCACUGCGUCGUAUGCCUCCUCCAGGCGCUGGCGUAAAAGCAAGUCCCCAAGUCAGGAAGAAUGGACAUGCUCAAUGAGAUCAUGACAAAGGGUGUCACAAUUCCGUUAGGCCAAGCUCUUCUCCAUAAGCCAUACGUGUCAUCCAAAACAACAUGGCAUUUGAAUUGAGUGCAAGUGAUGUAGAGGGAGUCCGUGAUGUUUAAAACUAUUUUGCUUGGCUUUUGGAGUUGCAGCGCGUCUCAAAAAUCACUAGGCUCUUUCUUUCUUCUAUCAUUCGAACAAACUGAAGCCAUAAGCUUUUGACAACUUGGACUGCGGCAUUUUUUGAUUGCAUAUCAUUCACUUGCCCACGACCCCCAAAUGUCGGUUGGGGCAGCGUUGCAAAAUUUUCGCCUAACAAGAAGCUUUUCAGUCCUCGACUGCAGUUCAGCAUGAGUUUACGGGGGCCGUCUCACCGAUUCAACACGUGACACUAAUUAUGCUAUCUCUGGCAGGUUUCUGGAAACAGAACCUACUCUUGACGAACCCCAAAACGGAGGGCCUACUACAGCCACCACCAACAUCUAACAGGUAGAGGGCACGCUGAUCAAUUGUUUCUGCGGUACUCACUCGUUUCGUUGUGCCUCAGGGCUCUCUCUCUCGAGCCCAACCAGCAGCCGCACAGCGGCGCAUGAUAUAUAGACAGAAUGGCAUUGCCGGCAAAGACAAGGGAGACUGGAAUGGCCACUUCUGGCUUAUUAACUGCCGUCAGCCAGUCAUACUUAACCCUGAAGUGUGGAGCACCUGUGGCUCGAUCCCGCGACCUAUUAGUUAGAAGCCCAACGCCUCAAACUACUGGGCCACGAGCCCGUUGUCCUGUCGGUUUCGAUCGGGAAUAUACAAUGGUUGGGGGCGCUCACCGAUCGUUCUUACGGAACUUACUCGUCCCGCUGUGCCUUACGGGCUCUAUCUUGAGGUCAACCAGCAGCCACACAGCUGCGCAUGAUAUAGGCAGAAUGGAGUUACCGACAAAGACAAGGGAGACUGAAAUUACAUGAUGCCAGAACCGGUGUUUGCGGCGAGUAGAACAGGAACAGGUCAGACGAUAUCUUUGCAGAGUAUCGAGCGGCCAUGGAGUGCGGUCUUCAGGGCACAUCCUUCAAGUUUGUCCCCAAGCACUACGCUAACAUUCAAAUGGACAUAUGCUUUGGGAGACUGUCCAAUCAAUGUUCGCGUCUGCUAAUUAGAAGUAAUUUCUUGUGAUUAGUACACACAGAUACGUGCUAGAAACCAUUAAACCUGUUUCGACGGCAGGGUAUUUGGCUCCUAAUAGGCUUCACAGUCAUCUGCUGACAAUUUUUACGUUGACUGCAGUUGAAAAUGGUUAUUAAUAGUUGCACCAGAGGUUGUAAGACAAACAUGACCCAAAUUCCUUAAACAGUUAUUGCAGCUGUAGCACCUGUUUUGUAGUUUUUUGGAUUGAUUUCAAGUGGAAUUGUGAAGCUCAUCUAGGGCAGUACUGAGGAAUUCGUGUAGGAAGUGAAGUUUCAUAUGAAUACAGGGCCUUCAAAAUGCAGGGGAUGAGAAUGCAAUCAAUAAAUCCCAGGCAUCGUGUAAGCCAAGUAGAAAAUAUCGGUUGUCAUGUUCAAAAAUGGCAUUGCUGAACUUUGGCAUGAGUGACAAUUUGCGUUGAAUACGUAUGACAAUAUGACUGUAUUAGCCAACCUCUUUUCCAUAUGCCUUCCAAACCUCUAGUUUUAACAGUUUCCUUAUACUACGGACGAAAAUUACCAGCCUCUUCCUCUCACCGAAGGCCUAAGACAUGCCAUGCAAAUUCUAGGAGAGCUAAUUCGAGAGACACAGCUAAGUUCAAGUAUAAGGUCUCAUGGCAACGCCUCAUGACAUUACCUUCAUAAAAGUGAAGGGCGCUUUGUGCUCCCAACACCUGUCAAUGGGCCUACCUCAACGCAAUUUAGGAAAGCGAGUUUAGUCUUUGAUGUGGUAUGAGCGAUGCACUCAAAAGUGUGACUUUUAGUUUACACCCCUCAUCCUUCCACCACCUGUCUCGCGAGCUGCCUCCAUAAAGAGCAAAGUCCAACCCUUUAAUUUGGGGACCUCAGUGCGAGUGUGGUUGCUCCAUUUGUAGACGGGUGUUUAAUGGGUACCUUCAUCCGGUAGGGGCAGAAAUUGGGCCGACUCUGAACAUCCAGUAAUUAUAUGUUCAGUCCCCCCCCCCUCCCUCUCCCCGUGCACACGCGAUGCCAUCACUGAUCACCUCCACACCGUCUACGACGCCCACUGCCAGUUACUCCUUAGGCUUGUUUUAAUGAUAGGUGGACGGGUAUGACCGUUGUGACAGAUCCCAUCGCGUCGCUGCCUACAGAGCUGGCCAACUGUCAGGCGGUUGGCGGGGGCCGUUUGCGUGACCCACCAGGCACUCCCAAGGGCAUCAGGAGAUCCGGCAUCCGGGUGUGCAAGGAACAGCGCCGACGGGCAGGAGGUCUGGGCCACUAG